CUCACAGUGAAUUCACAUAUACAGCACGCCCCCAACCAGUUCAUGAUUCAUUUGCCCAGAUGAUCCCAGAAAUCCUUCCCAGGAGGCCGAUGUGGACGAAGUUCGACUAGGAGGCGUUCAUUCACACUCUCAAGCUCACGCUCACGCUCACGCUCGCUGUCUGUGUCAUCAGAUCGCUCCCUCUCGGACGGCGGUCGCCUCAAUAGGGACUUGUCCACUCUCAUAUAGCCCAGAGACACCAUCGUGCACAUCCCUCCGACAGCACGCAGCGGCCGCCACUUGUCUGCCCACACUUGUCCUUGACGGCCAAUCUUCAAAAGGCAGCUGCUAUCGGCACGUGUCAUCAGCUCCUGACUGUUCCCAGAACGACAAGGGGAGGAAGUAAGUAGUUAUCCAUGAGAGGUCUGCGCGGCUGGCUUACCUGGCGCUCCAGAGGAAAGCUGCCACAAACUUCCAUUUACGCCUGUGCGGAUCUUUCUUGUCCAUUGCAUCGAAUGUCUUGACAAAAUCAACGUCACCUGCACCAAAGCACCAAUUUGCACAUCUCACAACUUGUCCUUUCUCGCACUCACCAGAGAGGAGAAUGACGGCAUCGAUGUCAUCCCUUGCAGCCGCAUCGAGCACUGCAUUGUUGACUUCAAUGUCGCCCCCCGCCUGUCCUCUGAUGAAUCUCGUCUUCUCGCGACAGACGCCGCACUCCAUCUCCUUUCCUUUCACAUCCACUGUGACGAGCUUGAACUUGUACCUCUUCUGGAGUAUCAGAUUUUCGUCCUCCUCCACCCUGCGCCCCCCAACGUCCUGCUCCACCAGCUCGUGAAACUUGGUCAUGACAUUGUAAUCAUAUUCAGCCCACUCAUAUAUGUCGUUUCCCGCUUGUCCUGGCGGCAGCCUCUCGGUUCUCGAAUUGAACAGUUCCGUUGCCCCCGUGUUGACAAACACCGAGUGCUCACGGUUGAUUGACAUUGGCCUCCGUGUCCAUGACCGAAAGAACCCAAUAGUCUUGUCGAUGAUGUCCUCGCAUGUCGUGUAGUCGAGCCAUCUACCUUCCUCAAACUGAUCGUUGUAGCCGUGAAUGAUGUUGGCUCCGUCGACACGCGAACUUCAUCUGGCGAGGUCAUUACUUCCUGAGAAAACAAGAAAAGCAUCACCAAACAACACAAACAUUGAAAGAUCUAGCAUCAGCAUACCUGUUCGGCUGCUGACUUCCUUCCUUUUUCGCCUCC